GCCAGGUGCUUGAGCUUUACGUUGCGAAUCCCUGUCCCCCACACCCCGCAAAUGCUCUCCGUAUCCCACUAGGACAUUGAUCUCGUCCCCUUGUGUGCGGGCCACCAAGGAAAGGCCUAUAAAGUUGGCUGUAAAUCCUCUACGAGAUGCUGUUGGAGGCAGAUCGAAAUCUUCAAACGAAAGUCUUGCAACUUUGUGCCCCUUCUUCCUCUCUCCGCAGCAAGCCAACAAACUCCCCCUAGCUUUCACUUCUUCAAUGCUCUAUCAAAAAGUAAGAAGCAAUCAUGAAGCUCUCUUUCUGGACGCUGCUCUCCCUCGUUGCCAUUGCGCUCGCCUCUCCGGUCCCUAACCAUGGCCCCAAAGAUCUUGUCGAAAGAGAGACUGCCCUCAACGCCUUCCUCACAGUUCUCUUGGACUAUCUUCCAGCCUUAGAUGGCACGAUUUCCGCAGUAGCUGGUGUCCUUACCGUUUUUGAGAACCUCCUUGCGCUCUUGACUGGAGAGAAAACGACUUACAAUGAACUCGGAGGAACUUGCAAGACCUAUACCGUCAUCUUUGCUCGUGGAACCACCGAACCUGGGAAUGUUGGCAUUCUUGUUGGUCCCCCUUUCUUCGACGCAUUACGGUCCUUGGUGGGCACUUCAGCACUCACUAUCCAAGGUGUGAAUAAUUAUUCGGCUUCGAUUGAUGGGUAUUUAGAAGGCGGGGAUCCAGCAGGUAGUGCAGAAAUGGCCAUACAGAUUGAGGCGGCAUACGAGGCAUGCCCAAAGACCAAACUUGUCGCUUCAGGGUACUCGCAAGGCGGACAGGUUGUCCAUAAUGCAAUCGGACUACUACCAGCCACAGUUGCUGCAUGGAUCAGCAAGGUCGUUAUUUUUGGUGACCCAGAUGAUGGACAAGCCCUGCCCAACGUUGCUUCUUCAAAAGUCGACGUCUAUUGUCACGAUGGUGACAACAUUUGUGUAAACGGAGAUCUGAUUCUACCCGCACAUCUUACAUACGGAAUCAAUGCCGCCGCCGCUGCUGCUUUUGUUGCCUCUUAGCAUGUUAUCAGAAAUGGACACAAAG